CUAUGGAUUUCUAAAAUCGCCAUGGGCAAGCCCUACGAGCUGCGGCAUUCGCCCUCGCUGGCGAAAGUCACUGUGCACGUGCCUGCUGCGCCGCAAAGGUUUGCCAUCUUGGCCUGUUUUGUUGCACUUCAUGGCAUUGCCUUGCAAUUUUGCAUCUCAACCUCUGGCGAAGCUCAUCAGGUGGCCUUAGAGAAGAUCCGGAAAAAGAACAGAGAGGAUUUCCUCAAUGGCACCAAAGAAGAGGACAAAAUGCCCUACGAGCUUCCCUCUGAGUGGGCGCCGAAUCCGUGGGCGAGCGCAUCCCUCUUUGGGACGAUCUCCCUUCACGCAUUUUUCUUCCUUCUGUGCCGGUGGAAGGUUGGCUUCCGAGCUACAGUGCAUUUUCAAGACGCUCGACAAGUGCGAGAAGGCUACUACGUUCAGGUGGUGCCUUUACCGCACAGGGGUCUACCAGCACUAGUACCGCUGACGUAUUGUGACACAACCUGCCGCUUGGGCUUCAUUUUCCAGCGUCAGCAUUACGAAUACCUCGAGCCAGGUGACGGCACAGAUGCAGAUGAGGAGGUUGGUGAGGUUCAGCUUUUGCAGUGCCCAGUUAGCGAGCCCCUGGGGAAGUACCUUGAGGCUAAGGGCUUGAGCAGUGACGAUGCAGAACAUCUCAAGGAGAAAUUUGGCGAAAACCUGUUGGAGGUAGAGCUGCCAACCUUUAUGCAGUGCUACAAGGAGCAGUUACUUUCGCCCUUAGUGAUUUUCCAGAUCUUCGUUGCGCUCGUCUACGCAGCAGAUGACUUUGUGAACUACACCUUGAUGCAGUUGCUGGUGAUUCUCACAAUGGAGUCCACCAGCGUCUUUCAGCGGCUGAAGACCAUGAAAAUGCUGAACAACAUGGGCACAAAGUCUUUUUCCAUCAUGGUCUACAGAGGUCGCCAGUGGGUCGAAAAGAGCACUUCGGAUCUUGUUCCCGGAGACCUGAUCGAGCUGGUGACGGUAAAGAGCAACACCGAAGCAACGCCCGACGAGAAGGUGGCACCAGACAUUGUGCCCUGCGACUGCGUGAUGAUCCGUGGUGAGGCGGUGGCCAGCGAGGCAAGUCUCACAGGUGAGUCCGCACCGCAAAUGAAGGAUGCCCUGGCCAUGGAGGACAGAACGUUGGAUCUGCAGGGCCGAGAUCGAGUCCAUUGCCUGUUCUCAGGCACGCGCAUUGUGCGCGCCACAGAGGGCACCAAUAAGGAGGAGGUCGAGGCGACAAGACCUGCCAGCGACGUGCCAGCCACUCCCAACCAGGGCUGCUUGGCCUAUGUGGUGCGUACGGGCUUCGCAUCAUCGCAGGGUCAACUCCUGCAGAUGAUCGAGUUCUCCCAAGAUAAGGUCUCUGGAGACACUCGAGAGGUCAUUGUGGCUAUUGUGAUCCUUCUUUUCUGUGCGCUCAUAGCAGCAGGCUACGUCCUCAAGGUCGGCUUGGAAAAAGGUGACAAGACGCCUCAUGAGUUGCUGGUGAAGUGCGUACUGAUCCUGACCGCGGUGGUACCGAAGCAAUUGCCCAUCCAGACUGCCAUGGCUGUCAACACAGCCUUGAUGGCACUCUCACGAGCAGGGGUCUUCUGCACAGAACCCUACCGCGUGCCAUUGGCGGGCAAGCUUACGCAUUGCCUCUUCGACAAGACUGGCACCCUCACCACUGAUACCCUGGUGCCUGUGGGUGUGGUGAACAGAAGUAGCGAGCCGGGAGCAGAUGGACAUUUGCCAAAGGUUCAAGUGGCCGAUGCAGAGACUGCUGCAGCUCUUGUGCUGGCAGCCUGCCACUCCCUGGUUCUCGUGGACGGCAAACUCACAGGAGAUCCCAUCGAGGUUGCAGCUCUACAAGGCAUCGGUUGGUCCUUUGAUUCUCAGGCAGAAACGGCGUCACCUCAGGCGACGCAGGAUUCACAAGGAAAGAAGCAAGGCAUCAAGUCCGUUCGAAUCUUGCAGCGUUUCCACUUCGCAUCUCACCUCCAGAGGAUGGCCGUGGUCGUGGAGGUGGCGACGGAAGGCUCAGCCAACCUGGAAGGGCCGGGGACGUAUGUGCUGGUGAAAGGUUCCCCAGAGGCUGUCAAGAAGCUGCUGGCGAAAGAUACUGCGCCAGGGUGGUAUGACAAGUCUCAUACGGACUUGGCGGAGCGGGGCUUGAGGGUGUUGUCCCUUGCCUAUCGGCGCCUUCCCACUCGUCAAGACAAGAUGGCUAGGGAAGAGGCUGAGAAGGACCUGAUUUUCGCGGGCUUCAUCGCAUUCGAGUGCCUGGUUCGUAGAGAUUCAGCCCUGGUCAUCGGUGCCCUGAACGAGUCUGGGCACAAGGCGAUGAUGGUCACAGGAGACUCCCCACUCACAGCCCUGCACAUUGCUCGCACAUGCGGCAUUGCAGACGGUCAAUUGCCGGGGCUUCUUUUGAGCAAGGCAGAUGAAGGCGAAGAGUGGGUGGUGGUCACCGGUGAUCGAGCAGGUGAGCGCCUGCCAAGCACAGAAAGCUGGACGGAUCUUGCAAAGAAAUAUGCAUUGAUGACCACAGGAGAUGUCCUGGAUGCUGCGGUGUCGCGCGAGCCUGAACUUUGGAAGGUGGUGGAUGAGAUUCGUGUCUUCGCACGGAUGACACCCCAAGGGAAGGCCAAAAUCAUUGAAGAGCUGCAAAAGCAGCAGAGUCACGUUCUCAUGUGCGGCGAUGGCGGCAACGACGUUGGUGCAUUGAAGCAGGCUGAUGCUGGUUUGGCGUUGCUGGCCGGCUAUGGCAAUGUGAACACAGCUGACAACAAUGAGAUCAACGAGACAACUGAGAACACUGACGAAUCAAAGAAGGCAGAAGUGGCACUGAACCAACGAGACGCUGAGCUGGCAAAGAAGAAUCGGAAAGCAGCCAAGGCGAGAAAAGACUUCCUGUGGCAGAAGCAGCGUGAACUGCAGGAUUUGCAACGUCAGUGGCUGGAAGAAGAGAUCGAGGUUCGAGCAAAACGUGGUGAGACUGGCAUCAUGUCGCAGGCAGGGGCCAUGAAAGCGUCAAUGGGACGCUACACUGAAGAGCUCAAGAGACAGAUGAAGGAGUAUGACAAGACUCACGGCAACGUUUACGAUGAGAAGGAAUCCGGACAGUCAGCUCCAAAAGACCCUGCAGCGAUGCUGGAGGGAAUGGAUCAUGGCGGUCUGCCAAUGGUCAGGCCAGGCGAUGCUUCGAUCGCUGCUCCUUUCACUACCAAGGCACCUUCUGUGAAGAAUUGCGUGGACUUGAUUCGACAAGGUCGAUGCACGCUCUUGUCGGCUCUACAGCAACAACAGAUCAUGAUGUUGAACUGCAUCAUCAAUGCCUAUGUGUUGUCAGCUCUCUCGCUAGAAGGGUCUCGUUCAUCAGAAAGGCAGAUGAUCACAUCCUCAUGGCUGUUGACGACGGCAUCUUUGGCCUUUACGUAUGCAACGCCCUGUGAUAGGAUGCACCCUGUUCGUCCAUUACGUUCACUUUUUCACCCAGCGGUAUUCAUCUCCAUGCUGGGUCAGGCAGCCAUCCACCUUUUCUGCAUGGUGGCAGCCGUUCGAAUGGCCCGCGCAGCCAUGGAGGAAGGCUCUCCAGAACGGCAAGCAGGCUGGACUGGACCCUCACUACAGGACGUCUCCGAGUUCUGGAAGAGAGAAAGGCUUAGACGCCGGGGCUUGAUUGAACAGGAAGAGGAGAUGGAUUGGACGCAGUACGCGAUCUCUGCCUGGACUCAGCCUUUUCUGCCCAACUUGAUGAACACCGUGGUGUUCUUGGUCGAAACUGCUCAGACAGUUGCGAUCUUGUUUGUGAACUACAAGGGCCAGCCGUGGAUGAAAGGCGUCAUGGAGAAUCGGGCCUUGUUCCUUUCUGUGCUUACAGUUGCUGGAAGUGUGGCGGCCGCAGCGUGGGAAUUUCAGCCUCAACUGAAUGAGUUGAUCCACCUCUCGCCGUUCCCCAAUGAUGAGUUUCGAUGGAAGGUCAUGGCCCUGGUGGGACUGACGCUGCUGGGCACCUUCCUUUGGGAUCGACUGUGUGUCCUCUUUUUCGCACCCGAGAUCUUCAAGGCCAUGGUCGACUCUGCGAAGAAGACCACCUUCAAAGAUGACGUCGUGCCAGUGUUUGUGACGGUGGGCAAGGUGCUAGGUGUCUUUGUCAUUUUGGGCACUGGGAAUAUCCUCAUGGCCGGUCUUGCGUACUGGAUGUACCGAAGACAUUCCAAAGAUCCAGACGAAUGAGGAUGCUUCAUGCGCUGACGCAGCUUGAUCUGAGCCGUAGAAGCGAACAGGCCACUUGAUGGCACGGCAGUUUUCCCUGCCAAAAUCGGACUCAUGCGGCCCAAAA